GGGCCCCCGGGACCCUGCUAAGCGCUCGACCAAGUUGGAGAGGCGGGGGGGCGCCCAGCCGUGGAAGAGGGGCACUCUGGACUGGGCCAGCCCCGGCAGGGUGGCGGCCAACGGAGCGCCCACCUGCCCCGGUCCUGCGGCGCCAAGGUAGCCGGGCCGCCGGCCGCGGGGUUUCCGAGAUCCGCGCGGCUCGGCCCGAGGGCGAAGGAGAGGGAGGGCGGUCGCUGACAUCGCCGCCCUUCAGUCCCAGGUCUCUGCGCGACCGAAGCUGGCAGCCUUUUCCUUCAGCUCUCGGUUUCCCGGCGGCGGCCGGAGCCGUGCCGGAAGCAGGCGGCGCCACGGGCGCCGGGGGUGAGACCUCGCAGUCCUCUGCGCCUGUUACCUGUUGCGCACCCUUGCCGCCGAGCCUCAAGUGGGCAUGUUUCAGGUGGGCAGGUCCAGCAUCCCCAAACCUGACGCCCGGAACUUGGAGGACUUGGACUCUGUGCAGCGCGUCCUCUUCCACAGUGACCUGGAGCCUGAAUGGCUGGACAGUGUGCAGAAGAAUGGAGAGCUAUUUUAUUUGGAGCUGAGUGAGGAUGAAGAAGAAAGCCUCCUUCCUGAGACACCUACCGUGAACCAUGUCAGGUUCAGCGAGAACGAGAUUAUUAUUGAAGAGGAUGAUUACAAAGAAGGAAAAAAGUAUGAACCCAGACUCAGGAGGUUUACCAAGAUUUUAAAAAGUAAAAAACUUUUACCCAAGCGCUAUAAUAAAAAAAAUAGCAAUGCCAGUGGGCCAGUAUCCAUUCUAAAGCCUCAGUCCAAUCAGAAAACAGGAGUUGUGGUCCAACAGCGGUACAAAGACGUGAACGUUUAUGUGAACCCCAAAAAGCUAACCGUCACCAAAGCCAAAGAACAGCUCAAGCUUUUGGAAGUACUGAUUGGGAUUAUCCAUCAGACCAAGUGGAGCUGGAGAAGAAGUGGAAAACAGGGCGGUGGAGAGAAGCUUGUGGUCCAUGGCCUGCUGCCAGGAGGAUCUGCUAUGAAGAGUGGUCAGAUAUUAAUUGGUGAUGUCCUUGUUGCCGUGAACGAUGUAGAUGUGACCUCCGAGAACAUAGAGAGAGUUCUGUCUUGCAUUCCUGGACCUAUGCAGGUGAAACUGACAUUCGAAAAUGCAUAUGCUGUGAAAAAGCAAACAACUCAACCAAGACAGAAAAAGGCACAGUCAAACACAAGUGAUUUAAUCAAACUUCCAUGGGGAGAAGAGGUCAAAGGUACCCAGCAGAAUAUUCUAAACACUCCUCACAUCAUUAUGUAUCUCACACUACAGCUCGACUCGGAAACAUCAAAGGAAGAGCAGGAAAUCCUAUAUCAUUAUCCAGUAUCUGAUGCAUCUCAGAAACUUAAAAGUGUGAGAGGGAUAUUUCUCACACUCUGUGACAUGUUGGAAAAUGUAACUGGGACACAAGUUACUAGCUCAUCCCUUCUUUUAAAUGGGAAACAAAUUCAUGUAGCUUAUUGGAAAGAAUCUGACAAGCUGUUGUUAAUUGGCCUGCCUGCUGAGGAAGUUCCUCUUCCUCAGCUAAGGAAUAUGAUUGAAGAUGUUGCCCAGACCUUAAAAUUUAUGUACGGUUCUUUAGAUAGUGCCUUUUGCCAGGUUGAGAAUGUUCCUCGUUUGGAUCAUUUUUUCAGCUUGUUCUUUCAAAGAGCACUUCAGCCUGCUAAACUACAUUCCAGUGCCAGUCCCAGUACACAACAAUAUGAUGCUUCCAGUGCAGUACUUUUAGACAAUCUCCCUGGAGUUCGGUGGCUCACACUUCCACAGGAUAUUAAGGUGGAAUUAGACACAGCAUUGAGUGACUUGGAGGCUGCAGAUUUUGCAGAACUGUCUGAGGAUUACUAUGACAUGAGACGGCUAUAUACAAUUUUGGGCUCUUCUCUAUUUUACAAGGGUUAUUUGAUAUGCAGUCAUUUGCCUAAGGAUGAUCUUGUUGAUAUUGCUGUAUACUGUCGCCACUAUUGCCUACUGCCUUUAGCAGCAAAACAAAGAAUUGGUCAGUUGGUAAUAUGGAGAGAAGUAUUUCCUCGACAUCACCUCCAACCUUCUACAGACUCAAACACUGAAGUCUUUCAGGAACCUGAAGGGAGGUAUUUUUUGCUAAUUGUUGGCUUGAGACAUUAUAUGUUGUGUGUACUAUUAGAAGCUGGAGGCUGUGCAUCCAAAGCUGUUGGGAAUCCUGGACCGGACUGUAUAUAUGUGGAUCAGGUCAAAACAACUCUUCACCAGCUUGAAGGGGUGGAUUCCCGCAUAAAUGAACGGCUAGCCUCUUCUGCAACACCCUGUUUGUCUUGUGCUGACUGGUUUCUUGCUGGAUCACAUGAAAAAUUCGAUAAUUUAACAACCUCACCUAUCCUCAGUAGGCUACAAGGUACUUCCAAAGUAGCAACCUCUCCAACAUGCAGAAGAACUCUUUUUGGUGACUAUUCUCUAAAGACACGUAAGCCCAGUCCAUCCAGAAGUGGAGGAUCUGACAGUGGUUGUGAAGGUGGAGAAGGUGUUGGCCUGAGUCCCCACACUGCAGCAUCUCAGGGUUCUGAUGGUUCAGAAGAAAGUGGGGCCUUGCUUAAGGUCACUAAAAAGAAGUCUGCUCUUCCAAAUCCAUUUCAUUUGGGGAACUUGAAAAAGGACCUUUCAGAAAAAGAAUUGGAUAUAUAUAACACAAUGAAAUUGACGUCUGGUCCUGAGAACACACUUUUCCACUAUGUCGCCUUAGAAACAGUGCAAGGGAUCUUUAUUACUCCUACCCACGAAGAGGUGGCACAGCUAAGUGGCUCUAUCCACCCUCAGCUGAUAAAAAAUUUCCAUCAAUGUUGUCUCUCCAUUCGUGCAGUUUUCCAACAGACAUUGGUUGAAGAGAAGAAGAAAGCACUAAAUGGUGGAGAUCAUUCAGGUUCUACAAAUUCAGUGUCUUCUCUUAACCCUGUGAAAGAACAUGGUGUAUUGUUUGAAUGCUCACCUGAAAACUGGACUGAUCAGAGAAAAACACCACCAGUUAUGGCUUACUGGGUAGUAGGGAGGCUCUUUCUUCAUCCCAGACUUCAAGAACUUUACGUCUGUUUUCAUGACUCAGUCACAGAAAUUGCCAUUGAAAUGGCUUUUAAAUUGUUCUUUGGAUUAACCUUGUAGCUGUGUUUUUUUGAUGUAUAGCAACACUGCACAGACCAUAAAGUAGUGUUAGAACUGCUGAAAUCCAUUCACAAAGAGAUAAGGUUUAACUUCUUUCCACUGUUCAAUACUGAACAUAAGAUUGUUAAAGACUGAGAUGAUAUGCUGCUGGAUUUGAUGCACUAAAUCUUCUUGUGAGACUUUUGGAAAAGAUACUUGAUCAAAAUAUGAACAAGGGAUUGUUAACUUAUUUCCAUUUUGGUAUAUACCAUUAAUUUAUUUACUAGUUUGAAAUUAUGUGAUGUGUUUUAUGUAAAAUUAAUAUAGGAAUGUUUAUCUGGGAAAAAUACCCAAUUCGUUGUAUAUUUUUCUCAAGACUGAUAUUGAUAUCUGGCAAAACAAUCAUGAAAUUGGGAGGAGGGGACCAGGUUCUGUAACUGAUUAGUGCUGUGACCAUGAGCAAGUUGUUGUUGUUUACCUCUGAGAGCUCAGAGUUUUCAUGUACAAAUGAAAUGAUUGCUUUGAGGUGUCUAAAGACCCUCUUCAGUAUAAAAUGUGCAAUUUUUUCCCUCUUGCCUAUUGUUUGGUACCUAAAUUUGUAAUGUCCAAGUACUGAUUCCUUCUUAGAUCAGAUACUUUUCUUUAGUUUAGUUGUUUUAGUAGAUACCUCACAGUGGGGGAAGAGAGGAGUGAAAAUUAAACUUCUUUUUUUAUUUAUUUGAUUUUCUUUACUCUUCCAGGUCAAUUCUGUUUUGACUAGGAUAUAUUUUUUUAAAGUAUUUGUCCAUAAACUUUCAUUGUUUUUCUCUUUGUUGAAAUAUAUUCAGGUAUACACACACAUUUUAUGCAAGUUCAUGAAAUUUGGGAAAGUUGUAUGUAAAUCUUUUUUAAAAACCUAAUCAUGUUGAAAACACUGAAAAAAGCUGUCUAAAGAAAUACUAUGGCAACUUUUUUUGUUCAAUACAAAUUUUUGCCUUACAAGUAUGGGUCACUAUGUAUUGGGUUUUCCCAAAGGGAAAACAAUAUUGUUUUAAUGAACAAUAGUUUACUUGACUGUGAGUAGAGAAAGAAAAGUACUAAGAUGAGAAUUUUCAUUGGCUGUCAGAAUUUGGUGGAUUGAAAGAAAGGAAGAACAUGACAAUUCUUUUUUUUUUAAUUACAUGUUCUUUAAUUAAUUUAUUUAUUUUUGGCUGUUUUUUGGGGUCUUCGUUUCUGUGCGAGGGCUUUCUCCAGUUGCAGCGAGCGGGGGCCACUCUUCAUCGCAGUGCGCGGGCCUCUCACUGUCACGGCCUCUUCCGUUGCGGGGCACAGGCUCCAGACGCGCAGGCUCAGUAGUUGUGGCUCACGGGCUUAGUUGCUCCGUGGCAUGUGGAUCUUCCCAGACCAGGGCUCGAACCCGCGUCCCCUGCAUUGGCAGGCAGAUUCUUAACCACUGCACCACCAGGGAGGCCCCAUGACAAUUCUUAACUGACAUUUACCCAAUGGAUUCUACUGAAGUCUCAGAUGCCCCCAAGACUUUAAAAUACUGGAUUCUUUCUUCUACAGGACUUAACUUUGGAAGGCAAAUUAUGUCGGCACAUCUAAAGCCAGUCCCUGCCUUUCCCCUACCUCAAACGCGAGACCUCCAGCUUACUCUGAAUUAACUGCAAAAUGUAGUGGAUGCACCAUUUGAAACAUUUGGUCUUAGAAGAAACACUAUUAUCCCUCUGUCAUUAGUUUUAAGAGAUUUUCACCCAGGCGUUUAAGAUGCAAACCACUAUACUUGUCCCAUUAGUGACAUGCGGGCCUUAAUUUUGGCAUUCAAAACAGGGAAAGAAACUUUGGUUCUUGAAAUGUAGAAAAUGGCUUGCAAUAUCCUCCCCCUUAAGAUUAUAAUGUUGGUCAAAUGGUAGAUAGACUCUUUACUACUGUCUUAGGACUGCUUGUGUACAUAUAUAGGUAUUGAGGUAUUAUUUUUAAGUAUUUAGUAAAUGUCUUAAAUUUCUUGAUAUGUCCUCCAAAACACCAUGAGCUAUUUCUAAUACUGAGAAUUAUUCAUAAAUGCAGCUAUUGAUCACCUCAGAUUUUCAAACAGACUGAACUAAGACUUGGGAUUUUACCAUCAGGAACUUUUUGUUUCAUUCAAUGAAAUUUUGGUUUGUUGAACUGCUUUCCUGGUGUCAAAGAAUCAUGAGACCACUAUUUAAUAACUGAAAUAAAAAGAUAAAGCAGACUACUGAUGGUAAUAAGGGCGAAGGCAUUUGCAACAUUGUAGAUGUGCUCUGUAAUGACCAUGUUGCAGAGACAUUGCAUUUUUAAGAAAUAAAACCAAACAUUAUCUUGGCUUUUAUCUCUAAAUGGAUAUCAAAAUAAGCAUUAUAAGUAAACUUAGCUGCCCAUUUUUCCAUAUAUGUUCAGACUCACAUCUGAAAGUAGAUCAGUCUGAUUAUUAGACAAGAAGUGCCUAUCUGCCAUUUUAUUAAAUAAAGAGGGACAAAGAAUACUUUAGCAGAUAUAGAAACAUUCUUAAGUUGGAGUUUAUUAGCAUCCUGCAAAAGUUCUUUUUUACCAACGACUGUAAUGCAAAAAGCCUAUAGAACCAGCAUUAAAAAAAAAAAAUCAAGUGCUGUCUUACCACCAUCAUAUAUUUUUUAGCCCCACAAAAUUACAUUUUAGCUUCUAACCCCUUUCUCUUUCUUUAUUGCUCUUUUGUUUAUUUCUUUUGGUCAGGUUAGAGAAGAGAAUGUUUCUUAUUUGUGCCAAGGGACCCUUGAUGGUGAUGCAUGCUGGCAAGAUAGUAAAUUUGCAGUGCCUGCUUUUUUAUAUUUCUAAUACAAGUGGGAAAAGCUAUGAAAUCAAUUUACUAGGUUUGUCCACUUUGAAUAUUCUUGAAAAUAAUAUUGUGAAUAAUCAUGUGUUGUCUGUGUGAUUUCCCUCUAAAUAGUGCCUGGCAUAUGCUAUGUGCUAUAAAAGUGUUAGCUGCUACUACUACUACUACUACUACUACUACCACCACCAUUUAUUAUUAUUAUUAUUAAAUAUCCAUUGGUUGAAAACCAUGGAGUCAGCUAAAUCAUACCUUCUACAGUACAAAAUUUUGGAAAGCUAAGAAAAAGUAUUCUGC